AUGGCCGAAUCCAAAGAAACAGACAAGGACAAAGUUGCCCCAGAUAAUGACGUGUCCAAAGCCCAUUCUCCUGCGAAGAGCAAACCCAAUGCGACCAAUUCUGAGGCGCCUGCAAAGCCACCAAAAAAGCGUAGAAAAGUAAACCAUGCAUGCAUCUACUGCAGACGUUCGCACAUGACCUGUGAUCUCGAGCGACCAUGCACACGCUGUGUAAAACGAAAUAUUGGACACCUCUGUCACGACGAGCCGCGUGAAGGUGUUAAGAAGUCCAAGUCUGAGCCAGAGAAUGGUGAUGGACAGAGUCAGCCCACUCAGGUCGAGUCAACUCCCUCCGAUGCCGCAUCAACGGCCGCUCCACCAGUUCCGGAUGCAGGGCUUAACCUGGCCACGCAUCCAGUACCUCCUAAUAGGGAUGCCAGCACAACAUCAGGUACCCGAAACGACUCCGUAUCCGCGCCACAAUUGCCUGCUUUGACGGCUGGUAGUCAGCCUUUUUUGGGUUACGAUGGUUUGCUCUCAUCUCAGAACAGCCUUCAGGACAUGCAAUUCCACCCGUCAUAUAUGUUCAAUACCUCAGAAGUUAGCAAUGAGUAUAACCUGCUCAACGACUUCCUCAACAACAGUCUCAUGGAUGACGGUGCAUUCUAUGGAGGCAAUGACUUCCACAGUCUCUUCACCGAUGCCUCACUCAUGAACCAGAUGGACUCUCUGAAUGGCAAUUCUGCCUACAGUGCAAGCACAUCAAGACCGCCUCAAUUACUUCCACCUCCCGCGCAGAAUGCCGCCGGUAAUGCUACAUCACGACAAGCAGCUGGGGUUCCCAUCGACAAGGCCAGAGAAAGAUACCUUGUCACAGCCGCCGACCCUGCUGGAAACGACAGUCCUGAAGAGCGCAUGAACAAACUACUCAAAGCGAAAGUCGACGCAGGGCUCCUAAAACCUUUCAACUACGUCAAGGGGUAUGCCAGAUUAAACCAGUAUAUGGAACAAAACCUGCAGCAGGCAUCUCGCAUCCGCGUACUUCGCCAACUGGAUCGCUUCCGGCCCAAGUUCCGCGAGCGAAUGCAGAGCCUGACGGACGUCGAUCUAGUACGCAUUGAGAUGUGGUUCGACAAGAGCUUAAUGGAGUACGAUCGCGUCUUUGCUAGCAUGGCGAUACCUGCGUGCUGCUGGAGAAGAACAGGCGAGAUAUAUCGCGGCAACAAGGAAAUGGCGCGGCUCAUCCACGUACCGAUGUCGAAGUUGCGAGACGGUAAUAUUGCUCUGCACGAGAUCAUUGCCGAACCAUCGCUGGUAUCGUAUUGGGAGAAGUUUGGCGCCAUCGCAUUCGAUCAUACGCAGAAAGCUAUUCUGACGAGUUGCUCCCUGAAGAAUCCAGAUCCACAUUCCAAGGAUCCAGAGAUACGGUGCUGCUUUUCGUUUACGGUGAAGCGAGAUGCUUGGAAUAUUUACCUUCGAGAAUGGCAGGUCGCGACUUCACUUUCCAUACGUCACCCUCCACCUGUCUCUUCUCCACCUCUUUCAUGCAAGAUGUCUCGCGCGCAAUCAGCAACAAAGUUAGAGCGCGAAAAGAAGUUGAAGGCGGUUCUGACAUUCGCGUCAACUCUCAGCGAACGCAUCGAAACUGGUAACAAUGACGCGACGCUCACCAGUGAACUCCAAACGCAGAUGCGCGGCCUCCCUCUCCAAACCUCAUCCGCCCUCACCGCGAAGCAAGAUGAACUCGAUAAACUAGGAACUGAGCUCUGGAACCAAGCUACACGCUUACGCCGCAAAGACGAAUCUGACAUCGAUGCACAACCCGAAGAUGCGACAGCGCACAAGUCUCACACCCUGACUUUUCUGCGUGCUUACGCGUUCAUGCUGCUCGAUUCAGCUGGCGGCCGGGGUCCGAAGGGGCGGCAAAGGAAGAACUGUAUUCGACUGAUCAAGGUUGCCUUGAAGGCGGCCAGAGUAUGCAUUGAGGGGAAUGAACUGGGCGUUGCAACAAAAGUUCUUGAACGCGCCGCCGAUUACGAAGAAAUUUUGGGUAAGCGGGACGAAGGUGGAGACGAGAGGGACGGGGAGCUUGUAGAUGGAUUCAGGGCGCAGUAUUUUGCUGUGCGUACAACUUUGGCAUGGCGUAGUGGUCGUCUGGACAUGGCAGAGCACAUGUUUAGGAAGUGUAAAGAGUUUGGGAAAAGCUUCAACGCUACCACGACUGAGCAGCUUGCUGAUCUACUAUAUGAGAUCGGAAAAGCCGCCCUGGCGAAGCGCGAUUGCGAGAUUGCCGCGAGGUGGUUAGAACGCGCUUUUGAUGUCCUUGGAGAGCAAGAUCUGGACAUGCUCAGCCCCGAGAUUGGUGAGCUGAGACUUAGCAUCAUGCAGGGCCUUGUCAACGCAUACAUGAAGACCAAGACUAUGGAAACACAAGAGAAGGCAUGGCAAAUGAUGAGGUUGAUGGAAACCGACUUUGGAGACAAAAUGAUGGUUUCCUUGCUGAAAAUCGAACUCUUAUCCGAAGCUCAAACUUUCGACCCAACCGAGUUCUACAACGUCCUUUUGCGUAUGAUACGCACCGUUGUGUUGAAUGACACAAAUUUCAAGACCAUCAUGCAUCACAUACACAAGCUGAAAGAUCACAGCAGCACCACCGCCUGCAAAGCACUCGAGGAUUUAAUCGACGUUCGGCUCUUUCGAGAAGAAAACCAAUCUUGGAUCGAAAAAGCUGUCAUCACACGUAUCUGGAUUGGAACAAACAACAGUCUCGCUGACAACAGUCUCGCUGACAAUACGCUCGAGCAGCUCCAGGAGCUCUUCGAUACCGUCGACCAGAACUCGAAGAUUCGCCUUUCUGCUCCUGCUACACAUGCUGCGCAGACUUUGUUGUGGAAGAAAGUAGGGGCCGCAAUUAGCCAGGAGCAAUAUCAUGUGGCUGAGGCGUGGUGUCGGAUGUGCCUCCAUGCUAUCUUCGAGAGAGCUGGGGUCCAGAAUAAAGCGAAAGUUGCGAGAAAGAUUAUACAGUGUGCACUGGCGACGCGCGACUAUGAAGGCGCGAGGGAAGUGCAUAAAAAGAUGCCAGAGAGUGGCAAGGAUGACCCUGUGACGAGGUAUUUGCUGUAUAAGGCUGGUCUCCGAGGCGGGGAUGAAGACUUUGCGGCUGAAUGUCUCGAUCACGUUUGUCGGACUUCUGCGAAAGAUGCUACUCUGCUUUAUGCUUGUGUUAUGGAGGCUCAAAGUGCGGGGAACAAGAGGCAGGCCAUUAGUGCUCUGGAGAAGGUGCUUGAAAAGUACGAGCAUAAUGCGCUGGCAGAGAUCAAUCUUCCUGCGCUAUUGCGGUCUGCCACUCGUAUGCUAGAGUCUGAACUUAUCAAGGACGGCAAGAUUGACACCGGUGUUUUGAGACAGAUUUGCAAUAUCUUCGAAGGAGCAUGCCUUCAAGCUAAAGCGUCCCGUACGAGGCCGAGCACACCGGCUAAAGAACUAUUUACAGCCGUGGAAUUUGAGUGGCUCUCCAAGAAUGCUUAUAACAUAUCGCUCAAGUACUGUGUGGAGAUGCCACCAGGGUCUCUGGUCAGGUUGCUGAGCUGCUGUAUCGAGUUCAUCAAACUGCUCAAGGGGAAGACCCAACCAGAGGCAGACGGUGACCUCUGCCUCCGACUAGUGUUCUGCGAAUUCCUCUCUGCAUGCACCUACACCACUCUGGCACGCGCAGAGGAUAACACUGAGCAGAGCAUUCAUUACUACCUAGAAACCCGCAAACACAGUCAAGAAUUUCGACAAGCUGCAGCAGAAGGUAUAGACAAACUCAGUGGACCUUCUCAAGCCGAAAUUAUUUCCAAACACCUCCAAGUUGUCAAGUUGGAGCUUGAAGCUGUGCUCAAGCUUCAAAGAUGGGAUGAACUCGACAAGCUUUUCGACCAAUGUUGGAAGUACAAGAGUCCAGACCACUACGAAACGUUGGCAGAUCUUGUCCUGGUUACACACGGGUGCAUCCUGAAAGCGGGCGUAGACAAGAAGUACCAGACAAAAGUACUGUCUGUUCUUGAGAAGAUCAUCAAUUUGACGUGCCGACAACCAAACCGGGACAUAACGAAGCUGGCUCGUUGGCUCCGGUGCCUGUUCAAUAUUUCACUUGAGCAUGACGAGAAGGCCAGUCUCAAGUGCAUUGAGCAAGUUACGCACAUGGCAGCGAAGCAGCAAAACACCGUCCAUUCUAUCACUGCAAAAGUUGGACUGCACACACCACCGCUAUCAUCUGACCCUGCGAAGAAUGCAGACGCUGCAGACCCGGCUGAUGAUUACAUCAAGGAACUCGAGCGCUACCCCAAGACAGAGCUCGAAUGGCUUGCAUGCACCCUCUUCAAUCGUGCGGUGGACUAUUAUUUGCAGGAGAACGACGAUGCGACAAGAAAAUGGGCAAAUCAGGCGUUCCUUGUAGCACAGUGCAUUGAUGAUGGCGGUGCGACAAGGAAUAACUUGAUGAAUCGGUUUGCAAGGCUGAAGUUUGGAGACGCGAUGAGGUUCUUCUCAAGGCUGCAUGUAUGUGCGGCUCUAGCUAUUCUUAUGAUCUUGUACUUCACCUGGGUUCACUCUGCCGACUUCGAAGACACCGUCCACACCGUCUGGCGCGGUAGCGCGCAUCGCAUUGUAGUAUUUGGUAAUGAUUGGUCCGACACUGGAAGCUACCGCGUCUCGUCGCCUGUAUUGUCUGCGGUCGUUGCCCGCGAUGCUGACCGAGGCGAUUUGUGGGUAGAGACUUUAUGCAAAGAGCUCGCGUGUGAUACCAUUGACAACUUCGCGCACUCCAAGCCGGCUGCCGCUGCACAUAUCGGAUCGUUGGUUGACGCAGAUGUUCACUCGGAAGCGAAAGGCGCCGGGAGUAACGAGACCACCGUAACUCCGUUCGACUUCAAGACACAGGUGGAACAGUACAUCACCUACGACAAAGGACGCCGAGUUAUCCCGCAAAGUCUGCGAAAAGGGGACGAGUGGACUUUCUUCACUGUUUUCUUCGGCUUGUGGGAUCUUUUGGAGUACUCUACACUGGAAAAGGCUGCUGCCAUGUCUGCUGUGGACAAGAGCAUUGCAUCGCUGUUUCUGAAUCUUGAUGUACUCGCCGAACAUACUGCAAAUCCGCCGAAAGUCGUCAUGCCGAAGAUGAUCGACGCUAGCUUCCUACCUCAGUUCCAGCUGCAGAAGAGAGCGAUGCGGGAAGCCGACUUUGCGGUGACUCAGCACCGAAUGGUGUUUUUGUGGUCAUAUUGGGAUACUGUUUUGGUUCGGACUGCAUCCCAGUGGAACAAAGGUGCUGUCUACAUGCCUGGGCCGAAUGAUUUGAUCAUGGAGGAAGUUCGCGCCAAACAGCUACACUCGAGACAGAUCUCAGAUGCAGCUGGUGUCGGUAAACAAGCCCCUCUUUUCGAACAGAUUGAACAACCAUGUCUCGUGCCGCAACGAAGUGGUGCAUCGGAUCUACAAACAUCCGACGUGCAGAAGUGCUCCGUUCCAGCCGCACACUUAUUCUGGGAUAACGUCCAACUCAGCGGUCCUGCCCAUGAGCUAAUCGGAAAGCAAGCCGCUAGCCUCGUACGGGGAAAUCAAACUGUCAAUGAGCGCGAGAUGCAAAGCUCCGACAACAACGAAAAACCUAAGGAACAAGAGGGACAGAACUUCAACCUGAAAUUCCCUCCAGGUUUCUAG